AUGUCAUUCUCGUUUGGAUUCAGCGGCGAUGACAUCGAAGAUGACGGCCAAGACGAGGAGCAAGCGGGCGGUCUGAUCAACGACAUGUUGAAGCAUUUCAUCUCGGAGCAUACUGCGGGUCCUUCCCAGACGAUUGCGCCCAGGAUGCAUACUUUACGUGAGCUUCUACAACAUGCUCCAUCUCAAUUAUCAUACAACACUCUGAAAGUCACACCAAGGCGUGAUACCACCCAAUCGGCAUACGUACCCUCGACGAACGUGAGUCUCAGAUCAACAGCAGUCCGACGACGCUCGCUCUUCGACAUCCGAGCGCAGCUAAUGGCGGAGGUGAGUCCAGAAGAGCACGAGCACAACGUUUCCGAAAAUCUACUCUCGGGUCUGGAGAGCGGCGAUCUGACUUCAGGCGUGUACGAAGGCGGCUUCAAGACCUGGGAGUGUGCUCUGGAUCUCGCAUCGUUGUGCUCAGGACUCAACUUCAGACCUUCAGGCCUAAGUGGGUGGGAUAUUGUGGAAAUGGGAGCUGGUAGCGCCAUUCCAAGCCUGGCUAUCUUGAGGAAUUAUCUGAGCAAUGGCGCGACAGCGGAUCUAAGGAUGACGCUGUGCGAUUACAACGAAGACGUGCUGAGAUUGGUAACGGCCCCGAAUGUUCUGGUCAAUUGUUCUCAACAAGCAGGAACGGUCCCUUCCUCUUCUACCUCACCGGCAGAUGAGCUCUCGGAGGAAGGAGAGUUCGACGUGGAAGCCCUAGGCCCACACUUUAUCGACGACCUAGAAACGAGUCUUCGACAGCAUAGAAUAUCUCUCAACUUCCUAUCUGGAGGUUGGGGAGACUCGUUCAAUGACCUGUUCGCAUCCCUCUCAUCAGAAGCAAACUCUACCCCACCGGAGCCGAGACAUCUGUUGAUACUGGCCUCCGAGACGAUCUACUCACUCGCAUCAACCAAGAUCUUUGCCGCUACAUUGCUGCAACUGAUUCGAAAGCAUCGACAGAAUUUCGGGGCAAGCGAUGCCAAAGCGUGGGUCGCGGCGAAGAAAGUAUACUUUGGAGUCGGGGGAGGGGUGGAUGACUUCACGCAUGAGAUUGAGAGCCAUGGGGGCAAGGCCCAAGUCCUCUACGAGACUAGCGACACUGGAGUUGGGAGAGUGAUUCUGGAGGUCAUGCUGUCGGUAUGA